AUGGCCAUUUCUGUGUCAUUGUCACAUGAUAAUGUUGGUCUACGUGAGUCUCCGGAGUGCCUGUCUUCCUGUGACUGUGUCUCUGUGUCAUUCUGGGACAUGACUCUGGCAGCAUGCUGCCUGACAGUGGAUGUAGCUCUUUGUGACAGUGCGCGUCUGCAUGUGUGCCUAAGACAAGUUUACAUGAAUGUGAUGAUACGUAUUUGUAUAUAUCUCAUAUGGUACUCUCUCUGGAGUGCAUGUCUGUCUUCCUGCAGCAUGAGGCCCGGCUCUGUUUUUCUCAAAUUUGUGACUAAGGGUAUUUUCCCACCUCUCAGCCCCUGUCCUCACCUGGAACACACCCCCAAGCCAUCACCACUGGCUUGCUCCCACAUCUCAGGAACUGCGCCCCCACCCCCACCCCCGCCCCACUCGCCCUUCCAGAUUCUGGACCUGCUGACUGGGCUCAGAGCUGGCUGGGUUUAA